UUGGGAGAAAGACUCGAGCAAGUGUUUUGCCAGCGAAGCGCUCGACGUAGGAUAUUUCUGAGGAAACUGUACAGUGCAACUUCACACACAUGGAUAUUUACGUGGCUUUGUUAUCAGUAGUGCUCAUUGCGAAACCAGUUUUCGGUUUUGGAAUAGAUCCCGAUUACCAGAUUGAUAUCAUCAAUGAACUUGACUUCGCAAAUGCAACAUUUGGAAUUACCCAAGUGGCAGGGCUUCACAAAAAUAGCAAAGCCUUCUUAUUUCGAGAUGUGGGCAGAGCAGUCCACGCGCCGGCCCACAUCACAGAGAAGGUGGUGCAGCUCUUUAGGAGUAAAAGUGAAUUUACCUUCCUGGCCUCCAUCCAGCAGAAGUCCUCCACGUCAGGAGUCAUCUUCUCCAUCCAUGAAUCUGAACACAGUUACUUUGAGCUGGAGAGCAGUGGCCUGAGGGAGGAGAUCCGAUACCACUACAGCUACAAAGGCAAGCCUCGCUCAGAGUCCUUCCCUUACCGACUAGCUGACGGCCAGUGGCACAAGAUAGCCCUCUCCAUCAGCGCUACACACCUAUUGCUGCAUGUUGACUGCAACAGGAUUUACGAGCGAGUGAUAGAUCCACCUCAGAUGGAUCUGACCCUGGGCAGUGGAGUGUGGCUGGGUCAGCAUAGCCACAAGCACGGCUUCUUCAAGGGUACCAUUCAGGACGUCAAAUUAAUUUUUACUCCAAACGGCUACAUCACACAAUGUCCCAACCUUAAUCGCACCUGUCCGACAUGCGGUGAUUUCCUGAGCCUGGUGCAAGGCAUCAUGGACCUUCAGGAGUUGCUGGCCAAGAUGACCCUAAAGCUGAACUACGCAGAGUCCAGGCUGACCCAGCUGGAGGGCUGCCGCUGUGACAGGACGUGCAGUGCCAACGGUGUGGACUACAGAGACAAAGAGCUGUGGGUGGAGCCAGAGAACUGCAGGAACUGCGUCUGCAUGAAUGGAGUGGUGGAGUGUCGCAGGAUAUUCUGUCCCCCUGCCAACUGCUCAGAGGACUCUCUUCCCGUGCAUGUGGUGGGCACCUGCUGCAAGAAAUGCAGACCAAAAUGCACCUACAUGGCCCAAACUUUGUCAGAGGGCCAGCGUCUGCUAAUGAAAAGGUGCACAGAAUGCAAGAAUGGGCUGAUGGUGAGAGUGACAGAGAACUGUCCGGAGCUCAACUGCACCCUCAAGGAACAGAUACUACCUGACAACAGGUGCUGCAAUGUCUGCAAAGGCUACGACUUCUGUGCAGAGGGACUCAUUUGUGGGGAAAAUUCAGAGUGUAAAAACCGGAAUACCAGAGCCGAGUGUGAGUGCAAGAGCGGCUUUGCCUCCAUCCACGAGGACUCAACAUACUGUGAAGAUAUUGAUGAGUGUGCUGUUCAAAGGCACUACUGCCAGGCUAACACAGCAUGUGUGAAUGUCCCCGGCAGCCAUCGCUGUGACUGUCUACCUGCCUUCAUCAGAGUGGAUGACUACUCCUGCACAGAACAUGACGAGUGUGCAAGUUGGCAGAGCUCCUGUAACGACAAUGCCAUCUGCACCAACACCAUCAGAGGCCACCUGUGCACCUGUAAGCCUGGCUACGUAGGGAACGGCUCAAUCUGCACAGCAUUCUGCGAGGAGGGGUGUAGGAGCGGAGGUACCUGUGUGUCGCCCAACACCUGCAUCUGCCCCUCAGGCUUUACGGGACGUCACUGUGAGACAGACAUUGACGAGUGUGCGGAGGGCCUGAUCCAGUGCCACAAUCACUCCCGCUGUGUCAACCUGCCGGGCUGGUACCACUGUGAGUGCAGGAACGGUUUCCAUGACAAUGGCUCCUACCUGAUCCACGGGAGCUCCUGCAUCGACGUUGAUGAGUGUGCCACACAGACACACACCUGCUGGAACGACAGUGUGUGUGUGAACCUUCCGGGUGGGUUUGACUGUAUGUGCACAUCUGGACCGGCUUGCAGUGGAGAUUGUCUUCACGAGGAGGGCCUCAAGCACAACGGACAGGAGUGGAACCUCAGCCUGGACCGCUGCUCCCUCUGCUCCUGCAAGGACGGGCGCACCUUCUGCAGGAGGAGAGAGUGUGACUGUGUGGACCCUGAGGCAGACCUGUUCUGCUGUCCUGAGUGUGACUCCAGAAAGUCCAGCCAAUGUCUGCACCAGAGUGGACACACACUGUACAACAGCAGAGACUCCUGGAUCUACAGCUGCCAACAGUGUCGCUGCCUGGAGGGAGAGGUGGACUGCUGGCCCCUGGCGUGUCCAGUGUUGGUGUGCAAGUACUCUGCCUUGGCAGAGGGCGAAUGUUGCCCGCACUGCGUCACUGACCCCUGUCUGGCAGACAAUAUUGCCUACGACAUCAUGCAGACCUGCCAGGACCCCGCUGGGAUCACCCGCCUCAGCAGUGCCACGUGGCCCAUGCCAGGGUCACCCUGCACCACCUGCAAAUGCAAGAAUGGAAGUGUGUGCUGCUCGGUGGAGCUGGAUUGUCUUCAGAACAACUAAACACUCCUCUUUCGGUAGCCGUACUCUUCUCCUCCUCUCCAAUAGCUCCUUUCUUCAGAUCCUAGACUGGCCACACUGUUUGAGGACCCUACCUUUGGACCUUUUACCACACAUGCUCACAAACACGCACAUAUGUACGCACACACUCUGCCUGGGUUAGGGCAGUGGCUAGAGCUGUGUGUCCAUACUGGUUCUUCAAGCAACACUAUAUCACUGACAAAUUGAGAGAUGGAGUGUCUGUCUGCUACACAACUACAGGAGGAGACCAACCCACGUAUAACCUUUCCCUCACUCACCCCCUAUUUGCACCCUUAUCAGUGUGUUCUGUAUGUUUGUGUGCCUGCGUGUGGGUAUACCAGGGGUUCCCAAACUUUUUUGGCUCACAACCCCAUGUUGAUUAAAAAUAAAUUGCAACUCCACAAUGUAAGAAAGUUAUGUAAUCAAGGGACAGUGUUUUUUUAAUUGUCGCUAUGACAGUCUAUUAGAAAUCAGCCUGACAGUACUUUUGAAAGUAUUUCAAUGUGAAGGAAGUAUGGUUUGAAUUGACUGAAAUGCAUCUGAUAUGUGUUGGGAAGUUCAGAAGAUCAUCAGGCAAUAAUUUUGUAUGAUCUUCUGUGUAGAAAACAUUCAUGUUAAUUUUAUUUUUCCCCCAGUCUGAUUUACUGCCAGGUCCUGUCCAAUCUGUUCUAAUGAGUCCUGUGUAACAUGGGCAUUGUGGAGGGAAACAGAAGACACAUGAGUGGUCCUGAGAAUCGGAUGUUUGAUGGGGUCAUAGCAUUCGUAGGAAGAAAACAUAAACUUCUCUGUUUAUUACAACUGCAUCUAGCGGCUACCAGCGCAAUUUUUCCCCCCCAGAGACUUUCUCAAAUAAAAUUAUAUCGGUCGCAUACACAUAUUUUGCAGAUGUUAUCGCAGGUGCAGUGAAAUGCUUAUGUCUCUUGCUCCAACAGUGCAGUAAUACAUGAUAACACAGACAAAUCCCCCAAUAUUAAAAUAAAGAAAUUAAGAAAUAUCAGAACGUGCAAUGUCAGAGUCUGGAAA